CGUAAUAGUGUUACGCUUACCAGUAUUCUGGUAUUCUCGUCGCUGGCCAGCCACUAGCUAGCUAGCUCCAGCGUAAGAAUUGCUCGGAUCUCUGCAAUUUGUAGCUUCCUGGUUCCAGGCCAACGACAGCAUUAUCAAAACCGAAGGAAGCAAGGCUACGGUUACCGGUGGUUGGAACAUCGCCGUCGUGUCAGAUUUUGGCUGGUGAAACGAAGGACAAACUUUUUGACUUGCUUACCUGGUCUCAUUGUUGUAUCCCUGCUAACGUUGUCAAAGGAAACCACUUGGCGGAAGAUAGUUUCAGCUUCAAUCCAUCAUAAUCUCAUUCAUUGACGGACCCAGCAAGCUACCCAUUGAUUAUUAGUGCCAUUGUAACGAUCUGAUCGAAAUCCGUUUUGAUAAUUCCGUUACUUGUCUCUCUGUUUCAAAAUCCACAGAACAACACAACAACGCCUGUUUCCCUCUCGAUUGAAAUACUAUCAUAAAUCAUGAACGCAGCCGCUGUUGAUAACACCGACGCUUCUACAGCCUCUGACGGUAGCGAAAACAACAACCGCAGCAAACAGCAAAUGGCGAUGGUCCGACGCAUCGUAAGCCGUGUUCUAAUGCCCAUCCGGAAGUGUCGGGUGAAGCGAACCAAUGUGAUUGAUCAACUCAAGCAGAAUGAUGAAGAGUUUUCGGUACUCAAGUUGGAUGGGAGCCACACAGUGCUGAAUCUGGAUCGUCUGGUGGAUGCCAUUGAAUGCAACACGACCGUCAAGAACAUUCAGAUCCACGGUGGCCUCAUCGCCAAUCUACCGCUGGAACAACAACACUUGUUGUGGCACGCGCUGGGGAAGCUACCCAAGUUGGAAGAGAUCCAUUUCAAGUACUUUUUGGAAUUCCCGUUGAUGCUCGAUGGACUCAACUGCUUGCUGGACCGAGCCAAGGGAGUCCGCAAGUUAACCGUCUACGACAGUGUCCUUUACACGCGCAACUACGACGAUCGACUCAUUACGCUGGAACAACACGAGAACCUAAAGACGGUCUUUUUCAGUCAGUUGCGCAUUCCGGAAGGACGCGUCUUGGAUCCCAUUGUUCAGUCCAUUGUUACCGCUCCCAAUCUUUCCAAUCUCACCAUUCGCAUCCCUCGAAAGAAGAAGAAUCUAGUCACCACGGAAACACUCCGUCGCUUGGUUCGGGAUUGCGCCAACUUGAAGAUUCUCGAGCUACGACGUAUUGUCCUGCGAGAUGAACACAUUAUUCAAAUGGCCAAGGACCUGGAAGAGACACAAAACAAAAAGUGUCCAGAGGGAGAAGAACCCAAGAGCAAAAUCAAGGAAGUUACUGUGCAAUGUGAUGAUACCCUUCGUGAAGACUGCUGUGCUGCUUUGGGUUCCUUGCUCAAGAACAAUUCCACCAUUACUCGUCUCGAAGUUUGGGGACAAAAGGUGGUGGAAGAUGGGUUUGUCGAAGUCAUUAGCUCGCUCAAGGAGAACAAGACUCUCAAGGUCCUGCAUCUCAGUCAUGAUAUUGGUGACAAGGGCAAUUCCGCCUUGACGGAUCUACUCAAGCAAAACUACGUCAUGGAGACACUCUACAUGAGAUCUUUCGGAGACCCUACCAUGAUGGCCAAGACGGAUUACUUUUUGAAACUCAAUGCUACCAGUCUGCGCGGACUUCAACUGGAUAUCAACAUGAACCGGGCCAAGUUGGUGGAGAAACUGGAAAAACACAAUGAGGAACUCAAUCAUUUGUAUUUCAUCCUGCGAGGGAAUCCCAACGUGUUUGAUGCUUAGAGAAUGCUUGGUAAUGAAUGGUUCCUUUGAGUGUAUAGAGCAAAAGAGAGCAACAGCUACAGGUAGCACUGCCAAGCAAAUUAAAAAAAGAGACGGCAGUGAUGAUACUCAGUGGCGAUGCCGCAGCAAAGGAAGUAGUGUUUUAAGCUUCUAGUGUACAAUAGAUUUAGUUUUUGAAUCGA